ACACACACACACACACACACACACACACACAGAUCCAUGGGGAGCCACCCCCACCCUGGGUUCCAGAGAACCGCCUCCACCAGGCUGCCCGCCUUCCAUGCCUCCACUGCCCAGAGCGGCCCUGUGGCGGGCAGGGGUCUGGCUGGUGGUCGCCAAGCCCCCGGGGCCCCCAGAGCUGAUGGUGUGCCCCAGGAUCAGCUGUGGAGGGAGCUCUUGGAGGCCGAGAGGCGGGCCCAGCGGCGCUGGGCUCAGAACUGGAGUUUCCUGAAAGACUACGACCCCCUGGGCAAUAGGAAGGAGCCUGUGAAGCUGCCAGAGCACGUGCCCUUCUUUUCCGACGUGGUCCCCAGUUCCAUGAGCCACGUGGUGGGCAGCAGGGUGGACACGGCCCUGGGGCAAGCCCUCGUCAGCAUGGAUUUCUUCUUCAUGGAGGGCGUCCGGAAGAAGAAGCUAGAAGCUGAGCUGCAGCCCGUGUAGGAGGAAGAGCACCAGGGCCGGGGGCCGCGUGUCAGCCAGCCUCGUCCCCCCCUCCCAGGCCCCGCACAACCUCUCCGAGCGCCGCACUGACCCAUCUCCACACAUGAGGUUAGAAAGCCUCCAGGAACUCGGCCAGGCUCAGAGGCUGGCACUCCCUGACAAGGCCAGGGACAUGCAGCCGACUUGUGGCCACGAGCUGACUGCCCCGGGUUCAAGUCCUGCUCCUGACUCUGAGCAGCUGUGCGAUGUUGAACAGGGUGUUCGAACCCUCUGGGCCUCCAUGUCCCCACCGCAACCUGGUGUGUUUGUUUCCUCUUGCUGCCGUGACAAAUGGCCACGCACCGAGUGGCUGGAAACAGCACAUGACAGCGAUGGAGGUCGGACGCCCAAAGCGGGUUCCACCGGACUGAAACCUGGGCGCGCGCAGGCCUGCAUUUCUUUCUGGAGCCCAAAGGCAUCUGAGUCCUCGCCUUCUCCGGCUUCCAGAGAGAGGCUGCCCACAUUCCUUGGCAUGUUCCUCCCUCAUCUCAGAGGCACAAUGAUAGCCUCUCCAAAUCCUCUUUCUCUCUCUGCCUCCCUCCCUCCAUCUCUUACGACGUCCAGGAUAAUCUCUCCAACUCACUUAAUCAUUUACUAUAAUCACAUCUGCAAAAUCCCUCUUGCGUGUGAGGUCAUAUAUUCACAGGCCCCGGGGAUUAGGACACGGAUCUCGCUGGCCGUGUUUCUGCUACCGCAUCGAGAAAUAAGAAAAGUACUGAUGCUAUAAGGGCAUGAAGAUGAAAGGAACUACCGUGUGGAAGUGCUCAGAGCAGCCCCUGGACCACGGCAUGCGGGUGGGUUUGCAGAGGGCGCCCCGCUCUCGGGCAGAAGAGUAGCAUCCUGGGAACUGCCCAGGGAGAUGUGGGUCCUCACACAGAGGCCGCUCCCGGUCUCUUCCUUUCUGUGGGAUGGUCUGUGUGGCCGUGAUUGGCUGGCGCCAGGCUGGGAGCGUCCUCCGGACCCCGAGCUGAGGCCCCGUCCGCUGCCCCCCGGAGCCUGCGACCCAGGCCCACUCCCAGCGCUCUGCCCUCUGGGGACAACAGGGAGGAGCCUGGGCCUGGGCUCAGCCACAGCAGGAAAGGGGAGCAGGGCGCUUGGGGUCCAUUUGGGGUCUUAUUUCCAUUUGAGAGCGAGGGUGAAGCAAGAGAUAAUCUGGGAACUCCCAGGAGGUAGGAAGAGCCUCGGCUAAAUGCAGAUGCAGGGGAAGGAGCCCAGGGGACCCAAGGGGACCAUCCCAAGCUUCAAUGCCUGCCGCUGGAGGUCCCUGGUCACUCCCUGGGAGCACAGACACUUACAGACAAUGUGAUGAUUGAGCACAGACUCUGUAACCGGCACAUGACCUGAAUGGUCUCUUUUGUAAGGAUUACUGUCACCAUUUGAGAGAUUUGGUGACUAAGCCAAAGACUCCAUCCCUCUGGCCAGGGGCCCACAGCGAGUAAGGAGCCAAACUCACGCCUGACUCACACUCUUCUCUCAGGGGGGAGGAGAGACAGACCGCCAGGACAUCACCCACGCAGGGCCUGUCUCUGGGCACACACGCAGUGGGUACCGAGUCUGGCAGGUUCACGGGUGCACAGUGUGGCCGUAGGCACGCCGAGGGACACCCCACUCCCUCUCCGGCUCAUAGGUCCGCAUGACCUUGACUGGCUCAGCUGGACUUGGCUCCAAGCUUCGGGUUGGGUCCGGGUCUGGCCACAAGCCUCUCGUUUCUUGGGCCAGCAGCUUCCUGGGGCGUGUCCUCCAGGAGCGUCACCGGAGCCCAGGAGCCAAAGCGAACCAUUCAGGCUUCUGCGCGCGCACAUCCGCUAACGUCUCAUCGGCCCAGCAAGGCACAGGGCCAACCCCAGCCUCACGAGGACAAGAAAGCAUACUUUGCCCACAGCAGGAGCGUCCGGAGGCAAAUAUUGGCAGAGUACUAGUCCCAGCCAUCCAGCCGCACCUUCCCUUCCCUGCCGGACCUGACGUCUUCCUGAGCCGAUGCCUGCUGCCACCUUCUUGCAAACUGGCCACGUCACCCACUGGCAGCCGAGAUCGGGGCCGUGCAGCGUCUGCUCUCUGUCUCCUUUGGACCAGAACAAAGGACGGGCCAGGAGAAGUGAGACCAAGCCGGCAGCAGCCAAGACACCAGGAAAGCCAAAUGGGGCACGAGAGACAAGGAGAUGAGGCAGCUCACCCGCCAAGACCACGAAGAAGUGGGAUACGCCAGUGAGCCGUAGGGAGGCUGAAGGGUUUUUGUUCGAUUUUUUUUUAAGUAGGCUUCAUGCCCAGCGCAGAGCCCAGUGCGGGGCUUGACCUCAUGACUGUGAGAUCCAGACCUGAGCUGAGAUCAAGGGUCGGGUGCUUAACCGACUGGGCCACCCAGGCGUCCCCCUCUCUUUGCUCUUUAUCGCUGCCUCUCUGAGCACCCCACGUCUCUGCUUACAGGAAAAAUAACAGACUGCUUUCCAGGAAACUUACGAGGUGAGCUCGGACUUCCUCCUGUUCCAGGGAGUGAGGAAAUGCUCAAAACGGGACGGUGGAGCCUCAAAGGGAUGGAUGUAAGAGUCAACCUGAAGGGACUCCCACUGGUCAAAUUCGGGACAAGGUGAGCUGUAAGACGCUGCCCAUGCCUCACUGCAUCCCCUACAACUUCUGGGCAAAGCCAGCGCCCACAAAUCCCACCAAAGAUAGAAAGUAAUAAUAAAGAAGCCAUGAGUUCAUAUCAA